CCGCGUCUCAAGAUGUCGCUCACGGCCAUUUUGCUGGCGUUGUUGUUGCUGUCGAUGUGCAAACCCCGGCAUCGCGCGGGCGACGCAGCGCACCAUUCAGAAGUGGCUUGGCUACGCUGAGGUGCGCUUCCACGACACUCCGAUCGCGAGCGCCGAGUUCGCACCGUCGGGCAGAGCUUCCACCGUCCAAUCCACGGACGAGGAGGCGGCGAUUUUGCCGCGAGAGGACAAGCACACGCCCCGGGCGGCAGCGCCGCAACAGGGAGCGAGCGCUGCCGCUGAGAAGCUCUCUGCCGCCAUCAAUGCAGCGAUCGGCAGCGAGAGCGACUCGGGCGGGUCUCGCUCAUCUGACUCGGACGACGAGGGCGAGGGCGGCGAGGGGGAGGAGGUGGAAGGGAGCGUCGUAGUGCCUGUCCUCUCCCCGGUGCUGGUCGACGGCCCCGGCGAGACUCGCCCACUCACCGUCGUGUACCGGCUGCAAGUUGGAAGGCCUUCGGGGAAGGGCGCCGCAAGCGCCGCCAGGUACGAGCAGCGCGCCUUUCGCGUCAACGCCCACCUCACCGUGGAGCACGACGAGCCCACGCUCACCUUCGUCGACGAGCCCGUGGAGGGGGUGGAGCUGCCUGCCGAGGCGCCUGGAGACAAGUGCCGCGACACAACUGCCUGAGACACUGCCUGCCAGCUGCUGCCUGCCAGCUGCUGCCUGCCAGCUGCUGCCUGCCAGCUGCUGCCUGCCGAGGGGAGACACUCGAGGGGGGACACCU